CUGGCAAGGCCACCAGGCCGCUGCCCACCCUGGCGCCACCCCUCAGUAUGGUGGUGGCCGGGCAGCGCCGGCAGCUGGUGGUCUGCGUGGUGAGCGACUUGGCCCCUGGCUCCGGCCACACCGUCUGGAUCUCCAGUGGGAAUGGCAGUGCCCUGCAGUCCUUCACCUACGGGGCCUCCAAGGAGGAUGGCGGCACCAUCUGCACUAUCUCCCUCCUCCCUGAUGACCCCCCGGCUGAGGAGGACCUCUCCUGCCAUGUGGGACCCAACAGGACCUCCCCAGCCCACAGCUCCAGCCCCAUCCGCAUCACCGGCAACGAGGAGGCAGCAGAGCUGUGUCCUGGCAGCACGGCCGCACUGCCGGCCCGUGCCUCGGCAGCCCUGCUCAUGGCUACCCGGGUCGUGCUGCUGAAGGUCGCGCUCUCCGAUGCAAUCCUCACCUCCAUCCUCCUUACCCAGAGCUGA